CUAUUACUGGGCUACGCGUCGCCCCUUGCCAACUCGCGCCACUCAUUGCCCCCGAGGACUAUUAUCGAGUGCCCCGUGCAGCAGCAGUCUCUUUCUAUAUAGACCUCUGCCGUUCACUCGAUUCAGUGUCUAGCGUCACGGCGCACCGAUUGAAAGCUGUCGAAGCGAUCCUAAGCGUCUCUCAUAACGUUAGAGCACCCAUCCGCAAGCAAUGUUGGCAGCUGCCGAUCCCGAAGAGGGCAACGCCCCGGAAGUGGACGAGGAGAAAACCAAUAAGAGGGCACCGAGACCGAACAACUUCUUCGAGAUCGGUGUGCGAGGCAGGAAAACGGGGGUCAAGGCGCCGGAAAAUGUCCGCCUUGAUGAAAACGGGAUGGAAAUGAUCGAGGAUUGGUUCAAGGAGGAGGAGCCUGAGGGAAUGGACGAUCUGACGGUCCAUGAACCAGCCGACUCAGGAAGCAUUGGCACUCCGAAAGCUGCGGUGUCAAAGGCCGUGCCUUCACCAGCUCCAGUAUCGAUAACGCCGGCGACGGACAGAGCCCAAAACUCCGCGACGCCAGAGCCUGCCCGGAACGCCAUAUAUCGUCUUCCCCGCCCAUCUAUGAUACCGCCGGCGCUCAGCCCAACGGAUGAAGAUUCGCCUCACAGCUCAGCCAAUACCAGUCACCAAUUCUCCAUGAUCUCUAAUUCGUCCAUUGUCGAAGAGGAUAUCCCAUCUCCUCGCGCGAUUCUGAGUCCCGUCCGACCCUUCCACCUGCCAACCAGCGGCAGCAUGUCAUCCAACGCCAACGUAUCAUCGUCCACCUCCAGCAAAAAAAGCCCCGCUACGGCACGUGAAACGAUGCGAGUGCCGGGACGGACGGUGGUGCAGCAUUCGCCUCCUCAGCGAAGAGUGAAGGAGGUUGUGCACAGUGCUCAGAAACCAGCACAGAACUCCGGACGACCGCCGCAUCCCUUGAUGGAGAUGACGACGGCGGACACGCAGGAUGAGUGCUUCGAUGCUCAGGAGAAUGCGGAGUCAUUUGGUGGUGCGGAAGAGACCUUUGGUGGGGAAGAGGUCGAGGCAGAGGAGGAAGCGCUGGAGGAAGGUCCAAGCGCGUCAGCAGACUAUUCAGCAGAUAAUCUUGAUGUCAGCAUGGAACCAGCUGAUAUCGAAGCGGAUCUCGAGGAGGAGGAACAACAAGCAUACGACGACAUGGUCGAAAACAACCAGGAGAGCGUUCCCAGCUCGCCCUCGCGAAAGCGGAACGAAGGCAACAGGAAGCGGAAGGUGAUCAGCAAUGACAGCGACUCGGACGCGUCAAACAAUGAUACAACAAUCCGGAAAAAGCAACAGCAGCAGAAUGGACGGUCUGAGGCCAAAGUCGCGGCGAUUCCGAGACGGCCGCAGCCCAGCGCGAAGAAGCUGCGUUUGUCUGAUGACCGUGAUCGAUCCCGUCGUGGGGCGGAAGAGUCUGAGGGGGAGGAGGCUGAACAAACACCCCCUGCACCAACCGCGACUUUGAAGAAGCAAUCGCAAAGUGAAUCGGCGCGAAAUAGCAACAAGAGCAGCCCUCUUAUGUCGAAAAGAGCUGAACCGAAACGCCAGACGCGGGACAAACGCGUCGUCAGAGAUCCAUCAACAUCUAACGAGGAGCCUGCCAAUCCUCACCCGGAAGAUGAUGACGUUGAAGAGCCGGAGACACAUGGGGAACCGGUCGCGUCUAACCGCAAAGCGAAACAAGCACGGCCGGAGGCCCCUUCGAGCAAAAAGACGGCGGCUACCCGUACUCGAAAAAUAUCUGAGGCGGUUCAACACGCUGAUCAUGACGAUGAUGAUGCGGACGAUCACGAUGAUAACGAUGAAGUUGAAGAGCUGGAGACACAUAGGGAGCCCGUUGCGUCUACCCGCAAAGCGAAAAAACAAUCGCGGCCGGAGCCCACUUCGAGCAAAACUACGGCGGCUAAGCAUGGUAGAAAGAUAUCUGAGGAACUCCAACCUGCCGAUGAUGAGAGUGAUGAUGAUGACGAACAGAGCUUCUCGCAACCGCUGCUUGGGUCGGGUCGAAAUGGAGCGGAUAAAGGGUUCCGGAAUGGGAGUGGGAAAAACAACGAGCGAUCGGCUCGACGGAAUGGGUGGAAUGACUCUGAUGCUCAUGAUGACGCAUCCGCAAACGAGUCGACAAUGGAACCGGAACCACAGCCUGAGUUCGAUGAUAUGGAGCAGCAAGAUGACCAUGAAGACGACGUGAACGGGGACGUGGGCCACAGCGCCGAUAAUGCUUCGGAAAGCGAUGCGGGCAUGCAGGCAACCUCGCCCGUCCGGUCCAAGCCGACGGCGACGCGAAAAACUGUACCUAGCAGGAGCAAGGCGCUGGCGGCGAAGCAAAGCGGGACGAGUAAGACUGUGGCUCAGAAAGGCAAGGGUAUGUAUCACGCAGCUCGGGGCCGUGUCAUAUGAUGAAAAGACUAAACGAAGGAGUUGCGUGCACAGGAGCCACAACCCGAACCAAACAACCAUCCCGCCCCGCGCCACCACGCCCCACCCUCCCCGAAAGCGAAGACGACGAGGACAACGGCGGCAUCCGCCGCAGCAAGCGCGA